AUGUUAUUAAAGCGAAUAAACUACCUACCAGUACGAAAUGCGGGCGUACCUUGUCAGUUUGUCAAAAGACUCUGUUCCAAUCAUAAUGAGGGCCCACAAGCUGUCGAUAGUGCAGCCACCACUGCACAUGAGGUAUCGACCAAACAGGAGUUAUACAUAACAGAUCCAAUAUCACCUGGUUCAAUCUUUUUCUUGCCUAAUGGUACCAAAAUCUUCAAUAAGUUGGUUAGUUUUAUGAAGCUUCAACAGCAGAAUAAAUACGGAUUCCAGGAGGUGGUUACUCCAUUGAUUUAUAGAAAAACCUUAUGGGAGCAAUCUGGACACUGGGAAAAUUACAAGGAUGAUAUGUUUAGGGUUGAGGGCAAUGACGUUUCUAAGGAAGAAUAUGGUUUGAAACCGAUGAAUUGUCCCGGGCAUUGUGUAGUUUUUAAAAGAUUCGACAGAUCCUACAACGAAUUGCCAUUGAGGUUCUCAGAUUUCUCACCAUUGCAUAGGAACGAGGCAUCUGGUGCUUUAUCGGGUCUAACAAGAGUCAGAAAGUUUCAUCAAGAUGACGGACAUAUCUUUUGUACACCUGAUCAAGUCCGUCAAGAGAUUCAAAAAUGUUUGGAGCUGGUGGAUAUGUGUUAUACAAAAGUGUUCCCAAUAUCGGGUGAUUCAAAGCAGGCAGCGUACUCAUUGACCCUCUCUACUCGUCCUGAGAAGUACGUUGGCGAUAUUGAAGUAUGGGAUCAUGCUGAAGAUGUAUUAAAGGAUACUUUGCAAUCGUGGGGGCAACCAUGGACAACCAAUGAAGGAGAUGGUGCCUUCUACGGUCCUAAGAUUGACAUUUUAGUCAAUGAUCAUACAGGCAAAUCACAUCAAGUCGCCACUAUUCAAUUAGAUUUUCAAUUGCCAGAAAGAUUCGAUUUACAAUUCAAGGACAAGGAUAAUAGUUACAAGAGACCUAUCAUGAUUCAUAGGGCUGUUUUCGGUUCGGUGGAAAGAUUCAUGGCCAUUUUAAUUGAUUCAAGCAAAGGUAAAUGGCCGUUUUGGUUGAAUCCAAACCAAUGUAUGGUCAUCCCAGUGAAGACUGAAGAUGAGAAGAUAAUGGAAUUGGCUUUCAAGACAGUCAACUCAUUACGUGGUGAAAAUAGUGAUCCAAAAAGCCCAAUUCCACUCAACAGCUUCCAUUUCUCUGUUGAUAUGGAUGCAAGAGAUGAAUCUGUAAGUAAAAGAAUUAGAGAAGCCAUCAAGAAGCAUUAUUCUUAUAUUAUAAUGAUUGGUGACAAAGAAGUUGAAGCAGGCAAGGUGGCGAUUAGAACCAGGGAGUCGAAGAAAGUGGAUUUACUAACUAUCGAUGAUGUCUUUGAAAGGUUCGUCGAUCUUGAGAAAAAUUAUAAAUGA